GCUGAUCUCUUUCCUCCACUUCCCACUUCACUCCUCAAGUCCAUCGUCUAUAAAACCCCCACACAGCCGCAAGCAAAUUCGAAAUCAAAUCAGAUAACAGAAAUAACUGCAAACUAAAACGAAGAGAGAAAUCUAUAACCGGAACAGAGUCCAAAUCAAAAUCAAAAUCAAAAUCAAACCGAACCGGGUGUGUGCUUAUCUCUUCUUGUUCAAAAUGGUGAAGAAAGCGAUGAAGGAGGAAGAAGAAGAGAAUCGAAACUCGUCGAUGCAGUCAAAGUACAGAGGCGUGAGGAAGAGGAAAUGGGGAAAAUGGGUGUCGGAGAUCAGACUUCCACACAGCAGAGAACGCAUCUGGUUAGGCUCUUACGACACUCCCGAGAAGGCGGCGCGUGCUUUCGACGCCGCUCAGUUUUGUCUCCGCGGCGACGGUUCCGCAUUCAAUUUCCCCGAUAACCCACCGUCUAUCUCCGGCGGAAGGUCGUUGACGGCGACGGAGAUUCGAGAAGCUGCUGCUCGGUUCGCCAACGCUCAGGACGAUGUUAUUAGUGUCCGGGGAGAAGAAUCGGGUUUGUCCGAAAUCCGACCGGAGUCUCCUUCUUCAACCUCCGUGUCUGAAAUGGAUACAUCGUCGGCGACAACGCUGGAUUGCGAUCUGUCGUUGUUUGAUUUGCUUCCUGCAGACUUUGGGAUGUUUCCAGGGUUUGAUGGCUUCUCAGGUGAUGGAUUUACAGAGAUUUUACCCAUUGAAGAUUACGGAGAAGAGAUUUUUGAUGGAUCUUUUUUUCUUUGGGACUUUUAAAUAUCCAAAGAAAAAAAAAAUAUUGUAAUUUUAAGAGCGAGUUGUGUGUUUCUUCGGGUCAUGGAGUAAUCUGGAGAUUUUUUUGUAAGACGGAGCUCCGACAACCCGGAAACUUGAUUCGCUUACGUUGAUGAUCAUUCUUCAUGUCAUUCCUUUUUUUUUCAUUUUUUUGUUAUUAAUUAAAAUCAUUGGAUAAAUAACAAAUUAAAUGUAUCAAUUACGUUGUCAAAUUCUUGAAUUUCCGUAAUAUUCUGAAGAGUAUCCUAUGCAAUUCGAACCAAUUAUUCUGAAGAUAAUUAUUAUUCGGCCCAAAAUAUGAUAGUUGGGCCUAUAUCUUUAAUCACUAUGAAGUCCCGUUUUAAAAGUGGUUCUAGUGUUUUGCAGGCCCCAAGCGUAAAUUAAUGAAAUGAACUUUCAUCCCGCAUUAUUAUUAAUGAAAAAACAAUUUCAACGUCAAUGAUUUUAGAAAAAGGACUCGAAUUAAUUAACUUAAGAAGAGAAACGGUCGAUAAAACAAAUGUAAGUCGAGAUAAUAACCAGCAAAAAAAUUGAUUUAUGGAAACAACAAAAGAAAGUUGGGGAUAAGAUUCCACAAUCAUUUUCAAAUUGCCACCUAAUAUUCGGCUUAAAUUAAAAAAAACAAUCAU